CGGGACCCCCGGGGGAUGGGACUGAGCCCCCCAAGGUCACAAGGCCAAGCCCCCGCGGGGGGGCCGCUCUGCCCCCCCAGCCCCUCCCCGCCUGGCCCCGGGCCAGAGUGUAACGUUACCUGCGACCUUCCCGGGGGGCACCGCCGGCACCGCCUGAUCCCCCCCAAAAAUGGAGGAGAAAUCCCCCAAAAUCCCAGCCUGUGUCCCCCAGUUCACCAACUGCCCCACCAUGGUGAUCCUCGUGGGGUUGCCCGCCCGGGGCAAAACCUACAUCUCCCGAAAACUCACCCGCUACCUCAACUGGAUCGGGACCCCCACACGGGUGUUCAACGUGGGGGAGUAUCGCAGGGAGGCCGUGCCCAGGUACGAGAACUACGAGUUCUUCCGCCCGGACAACCCCGAGGGGAUGGAAAUCCGCAGGUGUUUGAUGCCACCAACACGACGCGGGAGCGGCGGGAUGUGAUCCUGCAGUUCGCCAAGGAAAACGGGUACAAGGUCCUGUUUGUCGAGUCCAUCUGUAACGACCCCGCCAUCAUCGAGGAGAACAUCAAGCAAGUGAAGCUGAGCAGCCCCGACUACAAGGGCCGCGUGCAGGAGGAGGUGGUGGCCGAUUUCCUGCAGCGCAUCGAGUGCUACAAAACCACCUACGAGCCCCUGGACGACGAGCUGGACAGCGAGCUGUCCUACAUCAAGAUCUUCGACGUGGGCGUGCGGUACCUGGCGAACCGGGUGCAGGGCCACGUGCAGAGCAGGACCGUGUACUACCUGAUGAACAUCCACGUCACCCCCAGGGCCAUCUACCUGAGCCGCCACGGGGAGAGCCAGCUCAACCUCAAGGGCAGGAUCGGGGGGGACUCGGCCCUGUCCCCACGGGGCAGGCAGUAUGCCCAGGCGCUGGCCCAGUUCAUCCGCAGCCAGAGCAUCCGGGAGCUGAAGGUGUGGACGAGCCACAUGCGACGCACCAUCGAGACGGCCGAGGCGCUGGGGGUGCCCUACGAGCAGUGGAAGGCCCUCAACGAGAUCGACGCCGGGGUGUGCGAGGAGAUGACCUACGAGGAGAUCCAGGAGCGCUACCCCAAGGAGCUGGCGCUGCGCGACCAGGACAAGUAUCGCUACCGUUACCCCAAGGGCGAGUCGUACGAGGACCUGGUGCAGCGGCUGGAGCCCGUGAUCAUGGAGCUGGAGCGGCAGGAGAACGUCCUGGUGGUGUGUCACCAGGCCGUGAUGCGGUGCCUGCUGGCCUAUUUCCUGGACAAGAGCGCGAGUGAGCUGCCCCACCUCAAGUGCCCCCUGCACACGGUGCUCAAGUUGACCCCCGUGGCUUAUGGCUGUGAGGUCGAGUCCAUCUUCCUCAACAUCGAGGCCGUCAACACCCACCGGGAACGACCCCAGAACGUCGACAUCAACCGCACGGCGGCCGACGCCCUCAACACCGUCCCCGAGCACUUCUGAGGGUCCCUGGGGAAGGAUGGGGGGUCCCCCAGGGCAAAGGGGGGUCCCCCC